AUGACAUUUAAAUUCAUACCACGAACCGGAACAAAGUCUCCUGUAUCAGACUCGCUGGACAAGGGAAGUAGUCCUGCCAGAAUAAAAGAGCCCAAAGCCCCUGUGUCCCUCAAAAUUGCCACUGGCACCUUCGUCUCACUUCCUACCAUCGACACCAAACCCUCAUGGAUAAAUGGCCGGUUGGCUGAGAUCUAUACGUUGAACCACAGAGGGCACCAAAGCAUUAGAAAGGGCCUGAGCCAGGCUCCUCUUCAUGCUUACAGGUCCUCGGUGAUGUGGAGGCAAGGGGACCGCAUCACCACCGAUGAUGUUAAACGGGUGGCUGUCGGUUUGCUGCAGGAGAAUCACUCGCUUCCCGUUCCGGUCGGCUUCCUGGCUGUGAGUAAAGAGCUGGACGAAGUCUUGACCGCCCUCCUCCUUUACCUGUGUUGUUUUUUUGACCACAAGUCUCUGGAGAACACACCCAAGUCUUUCAUGACUGUGGACAUCAUCACAGAGCAGAAGAUGACGGCAGAGGCUUUGGCCAAAAAGGAGAUAGCACAAAAGAAGCUGGCUGUCUGCUACUUCAGCCUGAUCAUGGACCUAGAGGUAGAACAGCAUCAACACACAGCAUGUCACAAGUGAGGCCGGACGUCGUCAAACAGCACAGAGUGGCUGCUGCAAUGGGAACCCUACAAUUGCUUGUACAGCUUCUUCUGUUCCGUGGCCUGGGUGACGUUUGGCAGGAAAGACCUGAAGGACAUCCAAGAGGAGGUUUUGUACUCGGACACCUUCAACACAGCCGUGAGGAAAAGGAGCGACGGGGACUCAGGAAUGACCUUUGCUGCCGUUAAUGGUUCAGUGAAAACGGGUGUAGCUGACCCCAAGGAAGCGAGAUGUGAAAGCACAUUGAAGCGCAGAAUGUCCCAGAGGCGUCCAGCCCUCAGCAGUGUAGUUAAUCAGCGAUCCCCACUGAUGGUAUCUCUGCUGCCAUCGCCCAAAGAACAGUCGCCCCAUCUGUUCCCCGGCAGCCGGGCCAGGAGGCGGAGCCCGCUGUGCAGGCCGGCCGAGCGCUGCGACACCGAGCGCUGCGACACCGAGGCACUGACGGAGGAGCUCAACCAGCAGCUGGCCAGUAAUGAUGACCAUGAACGCCACAGUGACGUUAACGACGGUGAGGACCGUCCCGGCAUCCACGUCCGAGGUGGCGGGUCCUCCGUGGGACCCCGAGUCGAGAUAUGGCAUCACCACCCGCACAUAAACACCACAAACUCUGCAGCUUCCAGCGAGGCAGCGACCUCAGAUACUGAAUGA